UAGGCGUGUUCUGAUUGGUCAGCGAGGCUUGUCAGUCAGCCUCAAAGCCGAGGGUAAUUUUUAAGAGGCUGUGGAAGACUUUUGUGUCCCUUUUAGAAACACCUCCCGCUGCACCGCCAUGGCCACCAAGAAGAACGCCAAAAUCAACCUCAAACCUAAAGAUGGUACUAAGGUCCAGGCGCCCACCAAGAACCGAAAGAAGGCGGAGCCUGAGUCCAGUAGCAGCACCUUCUUCACGUGGUUUAUCGUUCUCGCUCUCCUGGGCGUGUGGACGUCCAUAGCGGUGGUCUACUUCAACCUGGUGGACUACCAGGGAGUUCUCGGGAAGCUGGCAGCCUACGACAAGGACGGGGAUGGUGACUUUGACCUCCAGGACGCCAAAAUCCUGCUUGGACUGAACCAGAAAAGCGAUGAGGCUGACGUGACUUUCCCUGACUUUGCUGCCCCGGUGGUGAUGUCCGAGCCUCAACCUUCAGACGAGGAACUGGACCAGGAGCCUGAGGACUUUACUUCCCACCAUGAAGAUGCUGCUGACGAAGAUGAUGAAGUGGAGACGCCUGAACCGGAACCUUCUUCUGAGGAUGUGGUGGAGCCUGACCCUGUGCCUGUGGAAGACGACUGGGAAGCAGUGGACAUGGAUUUACUCCGAACAGAUGCUGUACCUGAGGACUCAGCAGAAGCUGACAUGGACGACUCGUUGCCCGAGCAAGAAGCUGAGCAUGAACACAUACAGGAAGCUGAGGACCACUCUGAGAUACUUGAGGAGGAUCCUGAGGUCCUGGAGGAGGAACUUCCUGCUGCCCAAGAGGCGUCUCCGGAUCGGGAGACAGACGUGGCGGACUUGAAGGCAGCGCUGGAGGAUCUGGCGGACGAAGAACCGGCCGCGGAACAGGUCCUCGUCGUCGACCAAGAAGUUGCGUCGGACGAGGACUGGGCGGAGGCCGUGGACGUUGUCACGGAGUCUGAGGACCAUGCUGGUGAUAUAGGAGACCAAGGUGAGGAGAUGCUGGAGGAUCUGGCUGGCGAGGAGAUCCUGGAGGACCUGGACCAUGAGGAGCAUGAUGCUGCUGAGGAGAUCCUGGAGGACCUGGACCAUGAGGAGCAUGAUGCUGCUGAGCAGAUCCUGGAGGAUGUGGACCAUGAGGAGCAUGCUGCUGCUGAGGAGAUCCUGGAGGACGUGGACCAUGAGGAGCAUGCUGCUGAGAAUGGAGACCAAGGUGAGGAGAUCCUGGAAGACCUGUACCAUGAAGAACAUGCUGCUGAGAAUGAAGACCAAGGUGAGGAGAUCCUGGAGGACCCUGAGGCCGAGGAUCCAGCAGCAGCGUAUUCGUCCGACCAGACCGAGGAACCCGCUGAAGAAGAAGAAGAGGUUGAUCCCUUUGAAGCGGGCGACGCCCCAGAAGAACCGCAGGACAGUUUUUACGAUUUCAUGGAAGCGCAAAGAGAAAACGAGGAGGAGGAGCUUGCAACCUUUGAAGCGGAUCAAGAGGAGGUGCACCCAGAAGUGGAAGAAAAGGAGCCGGGUCCCUCGGACCUGGAUGUGGAUGUGGACGAGGAGGCAGGAGACGUCUCUGCCUCUGAAGAGCGCAGUGAACAAUAAGAACUUGUGAUGUGAUCCAACCCCCAUAACACUAGUAGAGUUCCUGACCUCACUAUUUGUCUUUUAAUGUGAAAGGGCAGACGCAGCCGUCUGCAACUUAUUGUUUUAGAUAUUUAUUAACAACACCCGUCUGUGGAGACAAAUGAGAAAAUAUGCAAAAAACCACCUGACUGUUUUUUUUUUUUGUGUUUGUUUUUGUGUGUUCACUUUCAUUUGGAAUUCAUCUUAAGUUUUGUGUUUGUACGCUUUUGUUUUUUUUUGGCGCUAGGGACCGUUGUUGAAUAAAUUGUUGUUGUGAUCCACUUUCUCUUUGUUGUUUGAUUUCUCCUUUCUGUCAGCCGGAUUGCUAAAAAAAAAAAAAAAAAAAAAAAGGGAAGAUAUUUUAUUAAAAAUAAAAAAAAAAUAGCAUAAUGUAAAGUAAAAAAGUGCAAAUGUUAAAACUUUGUUGUAUUUUUUUUUUUUUUUUUUAAGUGUUGACUUUAUUGCUACCUAGCAUGUGUUCCUUUGGGAAAAGAAAAACUAAUUAAAAUAGCCACAAUCCUUAGGUUUUACACCAUGUAAAAAUAUGUACUUUUAUUUUACUUUAAUCCAGGAUGCUUUGUGUUGUGUUUGUCCUCUUUUCCUUCUUUUUGUCAUUUUUCUGCCCCUUUUGUAUUGUUGUUCCUUAUUUUUGUAAUAAAGACUUUUUGAUAUUGUGGA